AAGAGUCUCUUGUGAAUGGAUCUCUCUUUCUCUCUCUCUAUAUAUACACACAUAUAUAUUUGGAAAUAUGUGAAAUAUAUAUAUUUGGAAAACACGGCCCUUCUGGGAACUUACAGUCUUUUGGGGAGUUUACUAUCCAUUUUCUUUGAAAAUUUUUGUGUAUACACAUUUAGCUAUUGUAGAUACUUUAAAAUUUUCAAUUGCUUCUCAAACUUUGAUGAAAAUGAGACUUGAUAUUUAUGUAUCUCAUUAAAUCCUGAUGGUGCUGAUGCAGACCAUCAUUUUUAAAACCCAUUUUGCUUAUGUUGUGUCUAAAUAAUUUCAAAAUUUUUAAAGUCACAAAAAAUGUAAAUUUUUUAAUUUUUAAAAAAAUCAAGAGUCUCCUUUGUGAAUUGAACUUGCCCUUCAUAUAGUUCAUAAUUUAGUGUAACUGGAUGGCUUGUCACUCACAUAAUAAACCACAUAGCUGAUUAUAGGUUGUAGAUAAGCAUAAUAGACUUUGCUCAGUACUAAUGACCAGCAAAAAAACAGAAGUCUUUAAUCUUGGUAGGUUUUCCUCCAAAGCAGACUGCACGGUGAAUGUUCUUGGAAUAACAGACAGAGGCAUUAUGAAAAUCCUACAUUUCCGAGUCCUAACAAUGCUAACAGGUCUUUAUUUUACUGGAACAAUGACAGACCCAUCCAGAAAAGGCAGUAUUUUAUUCAGUUUGGAGUGCCAAUGGAAUGGACAUCUUCUGACAAACUGUUCUUUUACUGGAAAGCAUGAUACCCGUGUGGACAUGCCCCAGCCAGCGGCCACACUGGAUGCAAGUGCCAGUUUCCUUAGGGAUCUCGUACAGUCUCGCCUGAGAAAAGACUGGAAUAUAAAACAUCUGGACCUCAGUAACAAUCACAUUUCGAACAUCAGCUUAAGCCCUCUUGCCCACUUCCACACUUUGGAAAUACUAAACCUCAGCAACAGUUCCAUCCGCUCGCUCUCUCUGGAUCUACCCAGUGCCAAGUCCUCAUGGGGGAAACGCCACAGAAGCAGCGGCAGGCAUAGGCUUCCAUUUCUAAAGUUGUUAAUUCUUCAAAGAAACAAACUCACUGACAUUCCCAAGGGGCUGCAGAACCUGAAAUCAUUACAGAGUCUGGACCUGUCGUUCAAUGGGAUAACGCAGAUCGGUCUGUCGGACCUCCGGAACUGCCCGCGGCUGGAGAACCUCUACUUAAGAAGCAACAAGAUAUUCAGGAUUCAUCCAGAAGCCUUCAAGGACCUCAAGAAGUUACAGGUUGUAGACCUCAGCAACAAUAUUCUGACCGCCAUCCUACCCAUGAUGGUCAUUGCUCUGGAACUUCCCCAUCUGGAGGUGGACUUGGCCGACAACCCGUGGCAGUGUGGCUACAGCGUAGCAGCCUUCCAAAAUGUCAUUUCUGACUCCUGGAGGAAAACGUGGAAUGGCAUCUGCAGCGAGUCUGUGGGGGAUGAGGAGGCAUACCGGUGGACCCCCCAAAGCAGAAGUUCCAGGGAGACCCACCUUCCUCAUCAUCCCACGAAGCCUGUGAAAAGCCUCCCGCCCAGCAGAGCCAAGAGGCCCCAGGCAGGCGGGUUUGAGCGCUCCGACACCCCGGGAACGGAGGGCGCCCCGGCCAGCGGGAGGCCCUACCAGCGGUCCAGGUGGGCUAGGAGCCCCAGGGAUGUGCCCGCGGCUGGAAGAAAGGGAGACCCUUCCCAGGACCUCGCCCUGGCCGUCUGUCUGGCUGUGUUUAUCACGUUCUUCGUGGCCUUCUGCCUGGGGGCUUUCGCCAGGCCUUUCAUUGACAGACUGUGGCACCAGAGAUGCAGAUGCAAGGGGCCCAGCUCGGACCGCGCAGAUAAUACGGAUAACGCGUACUGGAAUGAGGGCUUCUGCGGCGACAUGGAAGCUUCGGGGAAGGCCCAGCACCAGAGGACAGAUCGGCCCCUCCAAGAGCCUGACAGCCCCCACGCUGCUGUCAUCCCCGAUGGAGCCGCAGGAGAGGGCAGACAGGAGCAGGGCCACCGGCGGAGCGGGGGACUGGGCAGUGACAGCAGAGGGCCAGGAGGGGGGAAGGAUGACAUACUUCUGAGUGACCGUGCAGCCCGUUCCGCUCCCCCAGGACGUCCAAAUGCUGAUCAUAACCAACGAAUUCCAGCAGGACGGGAUCACAUCCGCAAGGAAUAUGUUCUCGGGGAAGUAAAUUAUGCGACUGGGGCCCAGGAAGGUUCUCCCCGCACGCCUCCAGGAGAAAUGGCAGCUUCUCUCUCCAAAAUGCAAAUGCAUGUGAACGCACAGAGGGCUGGAGAGAAUGAGCGGUUCCCUUUGGAGUUUUCCAAGGAAAUGCAAGGGGACGGUUACCUGAAUUUGCUGGACACACAGCAGCAAAGGCUCCAGGAGACCAGCACUGAAGAAGAGCCUCCCGCCUCCCACAGUGCAGUCCCACUGAGGGACUGGGGAGAGCAGAGCCCAGUGCCACCCGUCUUUCCUCCAGGCUGGGGCCAUGAUGUGCCGGUCACUCCCACUAACAUGGAACCGGUGCAGAAACAGGCUCCUUCGAGCCCUCAGUACACAAUGGACAACAACUAUGAAUCUGAUUCCGAUGAAGGGUCUUUAUUUACUCUAAGUUCGACAAGUUUGGAGGAUGCAAGAAAUGAGACCGAAGAAGAGACACAUGGCAGGGACAGCCACGGAGCCAGCGAGCCCCCGGAGGAUGGGGACCCAGGGGUGAGGAGGGACCAUGUUACAUCACUGGAGGAUCCUGACGACCAUAUCCCCUGCCAGAAGAUUCUGGAGGAGUGUGAGAAUCAGGAGGAUUGCUUUGAAAAACCUCUCAUUUCUGGUCCAGACUCUGGUUUGUGUGAGAAUCGUCUGGAAGGUGCCUCUGACACAGAUACAUGUGAGGGUGAACGGACCUUGCCUAGAUGGCUGGGAGGUAACAGCCCCUCCAGUGAUGAGCUUCCAGGCACUGUCCUCGGUGAUUACGCCGCAGCUCUCCUAUCGGAGACGGUAACGUGGCGUCACUCACUGAGAGACUUAGAGUUUUUCAACGCAGAUGUUGUACCACAAAUACCGCCAUGGUCGGCUGAAGGUUCCUCAGACCCUGACAAGAGCGACAGUCAUGAAAGAGACUCAGACAUUUAUAAACACGAAGCCUGCCUUCAGGAAAUAAACACAGUUCAACAUGAUAUUCCUUUCAAGAUCACUGCAGGUGAAACCUCGCAACCUGCACAACAACAUUCGGAAGGGGGCCACAGGAACUCCCACCUGAUGGACACCGAUGCGAGCCCUCUGGAGGACUCGGUUUCCAGAAAGGUUAGAAGCCGAACACAGGUGUUACAAUCCAGUAGCGAUGAGCCGACCCUCCAGUGUGAAAGAGGAGAGGGGGGUUGUGCUGAAGACGGUUCCAGGAGCCAGACACCGUUAUUUCAAGAGCCCCCAGAUGAACCCAGCUCACCAGGAGCACGGGAGCCCGUCGCUGAUAGACAGGGGAGUAAAUACUCAGAAGCGAACCUGCUGCAGUCAGAAACAGACCACGUCCAUGUCCACGUUCAAAGGCAGACCCGGGGCCACCUGUGGGGAGCUGGCCGGCUGCACGAGGGCCUGCUCUACUACGAUGCGGAACUUGAAAAUCAAAGGGAACUCAAGUAACAUUUUGCGUUCAGAUCGAAGUGCUUAGACGGACCCAGAUUUUCCGUCCGGGUCUGCUGAACAGAUCUUCAACACAUUCUGCACAGAGAACCGUACAGCUUUCUGGAGGGUGAUCAUCAAAUUAUAAAGUCGCGGGUGGGGGAGGGUUCAGAGCAACUCAAUAUUUUUUCAUAACUGAUGUCAAGAGAGACCAUUUUGUAGACAGAACUGUAAAUUAAAAAUCAGUCUUCAAGAAGAGAAGUGGCGUUUUUUGUAAAAAGGAGAAGCUAUCCUGCCAUUGUCCUUAAUUUGCCCUUCCUUGGUGGGACUCUCCAACCUGGGUUGUCAGGAGCUGUGUUCUCCUCUGUGUAUCCACCUGCUUCUCUGGCAUUUUCUCCACUUCCUUCCCAACACUCCUUGUCCACUUCGGCGUGCCUCUCAAAGAGCAUUCCUCAAGGAUCUAAUCCCACUCUUCUUGAUGUUCCGCUCUCCCUGGGCCCUGCUGCUUCACAACCAGCCCCACACAGACCACGCCCACAUGUGCCCCACGAGGCCCCGCCUCCCUCCCAAAUUCCAGACUCACAUUCUCAACCCCAGUAGCCCAAAUCCACAUAGAUCAUCCCGGCACCUAAAAUUCAUCAUUUUCCUUUACAAAUAUGAUCUCCCACAGUCUCUUUCUUGACCAAAAAUAUCAUGACAUCCACUCAGGAAAGAGACUAAACUUGCUGUCUUAUCUCUGACUCUCUCUCAUGCGUUUCCUGUAUCUGAGUGACCUCUGAGCUCUCUGCUGGGGAAGUUCGUGUACGUCUAUACAAGGAGACAUUUCAGUGCGGCAGUCUGGAGAGAGCUAGGCAGUUGUCAAACCAGGGUUUGCCCCGAAAGCACCCUUUUUCUUCUCAGAGUGUAUAUUUAGGGUGGAUUACGAUGGGAGUGGACUGAGUUUGGGGGAAGGAACCAUCCCCCAAUCACCACGCAUCACCACUAGCCUCCUAGGACCUGGCUUCUCAGUGACUCUUAACUUUGCCAUCUCCACUCUCAACCCCCAAAUAAGGCCCACCCUUAUCGAGCUCCUAGAUCAUUUGAAGGCUUUUUGGUGACCUUUAGUACUUCUCCUGGCCCACACUCCUCACCCCAAAAGUCUUACAUUCUCUUCAUCUCCCCACUAAUCAAAAAACCUUCAACGCAGGUGCCUGGCUGGUUCAGUGGGGAGAGCAUGCAACUCCCGAUCUCUGGGCUAUCAGUUCAAGCCCCGCAUUAGGUAUGAAAAGACAAACAAACAAAAACCCAAGACCUUUUGAUGCGCAUCAUUGCCUAUAUAAAGACUGAAUUCCAUAAUCUAGACUUUUCUCAUGACAUUGUCACUUCUGCACACAUUCUGCAUUCUGGUUUAUAUCAUGUAGACCAAUCAUUUAUUCAUUUAUUUUGCCAACCUUUGAGACCUUCAGUGGUCCCUGAUAAGUUUCUCCCCUGUUGUUUGCCAUUGCUAUUUUGAAAUCUUGUCCUUGAACUUUCACUGCGAAUAUUUAGGCUGUCAGGAUGGAAGCCCCCUCAUUCCCCACCCCACAGCAGUACACGUUAUGACUAUCCAUGUCUACACUCCUCAGCUCUGAGCUAAGAAGUCAGCAUUCUAUGGUCAAGCUUAAUCCCUCUGGUCAGCUUUUGCUGCAGUCCUGGGCACAGAUCCAUUCCUGUUUCCCAUUCCUUCUCUUCCAAGCUUUCCCUGUCUAGUGGCUCCUUCCCACUGACUAAAAGCAUAGCCAAGUCCCUUCAACAUUAAAAUAAAAGGAAGAGGGUGCCUGGGUGGCUCCAUUGCUUGAGCAUCCAACUCUUUUUUUUUUUUUAAGAUUUUAUUUAUUUAUUUGACAGA